AUGCCGCCCACAAGCCACCCUCCGCGUCCCUCGGCGACGGCCUCCAUGUCGACCUCGACCUCGAUCUCGGCUCCGACCUCGGCCCCUGGCCCAACCCUCCCAUACGAGCUGUGGCUCAACAUCCUGCGCUUCUUCGAGCUGCGGCCCCUUGAGUUCGGCCACGCCAGGCCCGAUCCCGGCUUCACUGCCCGGCGGUCGGUCCUAUGGUCCCUGUGCCUGACCAGCCCCCGCCUGCUCGACAUCGCCAGGCCGCUCCUCUACGCCAACAUCGUGCUGCCUAUGGACGGGUCGAACCAGAGUGCUCGUCAGUGUCUACGGCUGCUCCGGACCGUCUCGCAAAACCCCCGGCUCGGUCGCCUGGUCGUCAGCCUCGCUGUGCCCCUCCAGCUGGCGACAAACCUGCGCUGGUGGGAGUCUGCACAGAGCCUGCUGCCUCACGACCAAGUCCACGAGGACCACCGACAAUUCUUCGAAGCGGCGCAGCUGUUUGGCAGCGGGAAUACCGUGGGCAAGGGCGUGGCAGACGACCAGCGCUGGGUCAGCCAGAAGCUGGUCGCUCUGCUCAUGUGCCUACUCCCGCGCUUGCAGAGACUGCUUGUCCACGCGCCACCCGAUUCAGAGGUGUCGUUGUGGAACCUGGGCGUCACACUCGAGCGUUUAUUACUCGGCAAGGACUCAGUCAGCAAGGCCGCGAGCAGCAGCCUCGACGAGGCGAUGCAGAAGCUGAGCAUUCAGGGGACAUUGAAUGGCACAAACGGCACACACAGCACACACGAGACCGAUCCUCAGCAACCGCUGCAGCGACUCACCACCCUCCAGCUCCAGCAGGACCCGGCCUCGGACCAGCCAGGCAUCCGCGAGAUGGAUCCAGCCAUCGGCAACAGCCUUGGCGCGAUCCUGCCCACCCUGAGAGCCUGCUCCGGCAGGCUUGACCGCCUGGACCUGUCCGUACAGUACCUCCGCGCAGUCAUCAGCAGCCGAGCUGCGACCGAUAUCGUGUCCACGGUCAAGGAGCUCAACCUCAUCAACCUCGACCACCCCGGCGAGGCCACUGUGCUCCUCGGCGCCGCCAAGAGUCUCGACACCCUCUCUCUGCACCUCUCCCAACACGCCAGCCACACCCAGCCGGCCUCGCCAUCCGCGGCUGCAGCGGCUGCGGCGGCCACCACCAACGAUGACUACAAUAUGGCUAUCCUCUCGCGCCGCGACACGCUCCGGAGCCUGAGCUUCACGGCGCCCGACUUUGACCCGCUGGAGCUCGGGUACCGGCUGGGCCCGCUGGGGCGGCUGACAUGCCUCGCGCAGCUGGAGCACCUGACGUUCCUGCGGGUCGAGCCGCAGCUGCUGAUCGACUGGCUCGAGGUCAACACGUGGCCGCGGUUCCUCGACAGCCUGCCGCGCAGCCUGGCCAAGCUGGCGUUCCGGUUCCGGACGCGGGACGAGGACAUGGGCCACGUGUGGGCGCGCAGCGGGGUGGGCGCAGCGCUGGCGUCGGGGGACUACAAAGCCUACGAUGGGACGAAAAGGUCGUUCCUCACGCUUUGGCUUUCGGAAGAAAUAGGCGAAGAGUUAGCCAGACGGAGCAAGCCAAUGGACGGUACGUGA